AUGGCCACCAUCACGCGGAACAUGGAUCAUGGAAUCAUUGACCGAAAAAUUCAAUCCAGUCAAGAAGCUCUUGCACCAACAUUUGAAUGGCCACCAUCACGCGGAACAUGGAUCAUGGAAUCAUCGACCGAAAAAUUCAAUCCAGUCAAGAAGCCCUUGCACCAACAUUCGAAGGGAAG